UGGACAAAAUUACAGGAUUCGUGUUGAGAAAACGUAAACUUUAAGAAUCAAAUUGGAAUAUCUCUGAAUAGUUUCUAAAUAUGUUAAUUUACUAUUCUCCCAUCCCUGAAGGUCUCUUCAUUGUCCAGUAUUAAUAAAACAACUCACCAUCUUCAACAAAUCCAAACCUCACCUAUCAUUUAAUCGAGAGAGAUUGAGAUUUAGAUUUUGACGAAAAGGGUUCAAAAAAAUGGGCGAUUUAGAUACUGCAAAGCCACUAAGAAAGAUCGCAGAAGCCUUUAAAGAGCUAGAAGCUACAAUAAACUCGCAAUCCCAAGAUGUUGAAGUGGCACCAUUCUCUCAUGCUUGCUCUCUCGUUUCUCCUCUCUUUGGUUGCUUAGGGAUCGCUUUUAAAUUCGCUGAAGUGGAUUAUGUUGCCAAGGUGCUUGAUCUUGCAGAGGCAUCGAAGUCGAUUGGUACAUUACAAAGUUUGUUAGAGAAGGAUAUACAAGGGAAUUCUGUGAGAAAAUCCGGGAGUCACUCAAGAAAUCUUUUGAGAGUAAAGCGUGGGCUUGUUAUGGUCAAGGUCUUGUUUGAGCUGAUUCUUGUUACAGAGGGAAAUUCUUUGAAGGGCCCCGCUUCAAAGGCUUAUGAACAGGUAUUUGCUCCCCAUCAUGGGUGGGCAAUUAGGAAAGCUGUUGCUGCAGGGAUGUAUGCCCUUCCUACUAAAGCACAGCUGUUAAAUAACCUAAAUGAAGAUGAAAGCUCGGCAAGUAUUCAAAUGCAGAGUUAUGUUGAUGCAUCGGCGCCGGUAAUAAUGUAUGUCGAGAAACUCUUCCUAACCAGAGGAUUGGGUAUAGAUUGGUGAACAAUGGACUUCUACUGAAAUCUGUGUGCUGUGACUGUCCUUUUAGUUUCCUCCUUUGGUCCAAAAACAUUAAUAUACUUACAAGUGGCAUAAUCAAAUGUAUGUUUAUUGAAUGCCUCAUGCAGUGAUAUAGACACUGUUAAACAGUUAUAUCUAAACACAAUAAGCACUUUCUAGUGUGAUGGUGCUGAGUUCUUAUUA